AUGCCAGCUUUGCCAGUGCUGUGUCGGGAGGUCAUUGCUGAGACACUUCGUGAUUCUGUGAUACCCAGAGAUGCCGUGCAGGCGGAUGUCUGGACAGCUUUCCGCUUCGAUGGCUUCCUCACCCUAGCAGCGAUGCGUGCACUGAUGAUGCUCUUCUUUCUCGUUGCCGUCAUCGCCAUGGCUCUGUGGAGGGUGGUGGAUGUGGCAGAUCCCGAACCGGAGCCAGAUGAGAGCAAAUGCCAGAAGAUCGAGUCCCUUCAACAGCAUCCACCCAUUGCCAUUGACAAGUUGUUGAGCACAGAGGAUCGGCUUUCGGCAGAAGACUGUCCCGAGACCUCUCUUCAAGGUUUGCCUACGAACUUGCCUGGGAUCUGCCCGCCUUACAUGAAAGCGGCACAAGGAGCCCGCUUGUCUGUCGCGCUGCCGAUCACAGAACAGAGUUGCGACGUGCUCGGUCUCGGGGCCUCUCUUGCGCUGAGGGGGCCACCGACUCGUCUACUGACCGCCAAUCUGCAUCUCGAAGGAUCGACUCGCACAUUGGAGCUGCGAGAGCAGGAGCCUGGAUGCAAAGGAGCUGAGGGAGGGCGCAUCCUUUUGACGAUCACCUCGGACCUGGUGCUUUGGAAGGGUCGAAUUCGAGAAGGAUAUGCCGCAAGAGAGUAUCUUGGAACCUUGGAACCUGCACCGCUCGGAGGGAGCGAGUCUCGGCGUCGCCUCUUGCUGCAGCGCAAGGGAGCAAAGCCAGAUUUGCUGGUUGCGACUUCCUCGGGACGCGUGGAGCUGGGCCUGCUGCCUUCUGGGCGGCUUGUGGCGAUAGCUGCUGUGGGCGUCUUGACUCGGACUAUCCAUGACUUGCCGUCGUUUGUUGAGGUAAAGGCAGGCGUCGACGCCGUCUAUGCACUGGGAUGUCUGCUCGCGGUCAUCACCUUUGUUAACGAGCAGAUAAGCCAAAAGUGGGUCAAUCUCUUCAACGUGGCAGAGUGGCAUCGCGGAAGCGAAAAUGGAAAUCCUGACACUCCAAGACGGCCUGAUGACGGGCUCUUCCCACGGUUCCGGUUCAUGAGCAGACGAGAAGAUUUCGAUAGUGAUGGUCCAUCCGAAGCAGAUGCUGGCCGGACGCAGCCUCAGGACACAGGACGUGCAGCAGGCACUGCCCCAAAUGCGGAGAACCUGGUCGAGGAGUUGUCAGAGCACCGGGCACAGCGGACGUCGGGCAGUUUUCAGUCGGGGACCGAAGGGCACGGAAAGGAGGAGGCAGCCCAAAAUGAGGCACUGUCAGAGCAUGAGGCAAAGCGGAAGUCAAGUAGCCUGCAGUCGGGGACAGAGGAGCGCGGAACGGAAGAAGCUGCAGCCCAAGACGAAGCCUUGCACCCGGAUGUUGAUGAGAAUGAGCAGGAGCAUCAAGAUGCAGGACGUGCAGCAGGCACUGCCCCAAAUGCCGAGAACCUGGUCGAGGAGGUGUCAGAGCAGCGGGCACAGCGGACAUCAGGCAGUUUGCAGUCGGGGACCGAAGGGCGCGGAAAGGAGGAGGCAGCCCAAAAUGAGGCACUGUCAGAGCAUGAGGCAAAGCGGAAGUCAAGUAGCCUGCAGUCGGGGACAGAGGAGCGCGGAACGGAAGAAGCUGCAGCCCAAGACGAAGCCUUGCACCCGGAUGUUGAUGAGAAUGAGCAGGAGCAUCAAGACACAGGACGUGCAGCAGGCACUGCCCCAAAUGCCGAGAACCUGGUCGAGGAGGUGUCAGAGCAGCGCGCACAGCGGACAUUAGGCAGUUUUCAGUCGGGGACUGAAGGGCGCAGAAUGGAGGAGGCAGCCCAACAUGAAGCACUGUCCGAGCAUGCGGCGUGUAAGAGUGAGGAGCACAGAAUAAAGGGGGCAGAUAGAUGCUCUUCUCCAGCUUUCGAUGCGUUGGCCGUGCAAGCACAGGACGUAACGUCGGAGCCACCAGCGACCAGCACUGGGCAGCCCAAAAGAAAGCCACGGAGCCAUGCCAGCGAGAAAUUGCAGAAGCGUGGCAAUAGCCUGGAAGCGCGUGCUGCACAGAAGCAGGCCAAGCGGGAGAAAACGGCAGUGAAGCCCAGAGGCAGCUCCGAGCCUGGGCCGCCUGGGCCAGGCUGCAGGUGGAACUCCUCAACCGAGGUGGAGGUAAAGCCUGAUGAGCCGAGUAUGGCAACGCUGGCACGGAGACCGGACGCCCCGGACAAGCUGGAGACAGGUGAUCCGAAAGCCAAAGCGUCGGCCCCGGCACCCCCGGCUCCGUGGGAACGGCUUUACCAGGCGAAGGUGGGCGUGAAGGCAGUCUCUGAGACCGCUGCCGACGAGGAAGUGAAAACGUGGCUUCCGGAGGACCAGGAGCUGUUCUACUUGCGAAACGAGGUCUUCUUGCUAAGACGCGAGCUCGCAUGUUUGCCAAGCGCACCUCCGAAGCCAAGCUGUGGAGACGGGGCAUUCCAUCCUCCGAUGCGAUUUGGCACGCAACCGCCGCGGCAGGUGGUCCAGGCUGCGCGCCGAGCCGAGAAGGGCGCCGGUGCCGUCAUGCGGACGGGCAACGAUCUACUCAGCCUCCGCGCUGAACGUGACCGUCUCCUUGCGCAGCGUUCGGAGAUGCUCAGGGUGGCUAGUGCCAUCGCCACCAGGCCCAAGUCGAAAUCCCCGAGGACAGGGGAGAAGGACUGCGAAUCUAUAACGAGGAUUGAGAAAGCGGACAGGAUCGACCUGCGCCAGGCCAGCGAAGAAUCGAAGCUGAAGCAGGCUAGCAACAGCCGAAGUCCCAGCCCCAGCAGAUCCUCGCGCGGCGCAACGCACCCUCAAGCAAGGGAAGGAAAGCAGGCAACUGGUGCUUUGGCUAGCAGCACAACUGCGAGAUCCAACAGAUCACUACGAAUUGCCGACAAGCAAUCCAGAGAGAAGCAGGACAGCCGAAGCCAUAGCCCCAGUGUGUCGCUGCGCCUGGUGCAGCGCCCUCGAAAAGAGGCUGAGUCGCAGAAGGCUCGCAGCCGGAGUGCCAGCCCGAGUACGUCAACGUCACCUCGGCGUGCGCAGAGCCAGCGAAGCGGCAAAGCCAAGCAGGCUGCAAAGCAUCGGCCGGCUCACAGAAGCCCGAGUCCUGUGAAUGCGCACACCCCGCGAAAGGAAGCAAAGAAGGCAGAGACCCCGGUGCGCAGCGAGAAGAAGCUGCAGCGAGCAGCGUGCUCACAGGGAGCCACCGGGCGGUCUUUCAAGUCGAGCUCCGCCACUGUCUUCGAUCGCUUGCAUGAGCAUCACAACCGGAGGCUGCACGACUUGAAGGAGCGUGCAGCCGCUGCUGAAGAAGAAGAGCAGGAGCGUGCCCAGGCGCUACAAAGCAGAACUGUCUGCCUGCGGUCUGCAGCUGAAGCACAGGCUGCAGGUCAACGAUUGUACGAGCAGCGCAAGGGCGGAGAGGGCGGAAGCGGCAAGACAGAAGCUUCCUGGUUGAAGCAAGAGUCUAACAUCUGCAGGAUGUCACCGCAGGUGCCCACAGUGGAGCCGCGAUGGGAGCAGCUUUAUGCUUCUGCACAACGCCAGUCAGAGCGACUGCAACAGCGUCGACUUUUGCAGGAGAUGGAGGAAGAACGUUGGAUGAAGACACAUUCGUUGCAUAAGGGCGAAGAUGACGGGACUGCGUAUGAUCGACUGUACCAAGAUGCGAUGCAACGAGGUCAGCGGCUUUAUGCCAAGGAACAAAUGCACCUGGCCGCAGAAGCACGGGAACUUUCCGAGGCAUUCGUGCACGGAACAUAUUCCGGCAACUUGGCAGCCGAAGUUGCGGCGCAGCGAUCACGUUGCCUCUACGAGGAUGCUGGGCAGAGGUUGGAGCGGCUGGCUGCAAAGAGGGAGUUGCUAAAUCCUGCGAAGCCGAGUGCCCAGAACCAUGUGCCCUUCGAUCUCAGCCAAACUGCACGUGUGCACAAUUCCGCCGCUGCUGUGCGGCAGAACCCCGCCACAGAGAGGCAGGUGCAGGCAGGCGCGGGUGAUCCUGCUGCCAUGUCACAGCUGCUGCUGUCCCGGACAACAUCGUGGCGAAAAAGCCAGCGUUAA